ACACUCUCCUCUUGACGACACAGAAUGUUCACCGCCCAGUCGAAGCUGAAGCUUGCGAAGGACGCGACGCCGUCCGAGCUCGAGCUCGAGCUCGCCAAGAACCUCUUUGAGCUGGAGAUGAAGGACGAGGACCUCCAGGUCGAGCUCCGCGAGGUGCAGAUCAUUGCCGCGCGCAAGCACGUCAUCGAUGAGGAGACCGGCAAGGCCGCCAUCAUCAUGUUCGUCCCGGUCCCGCAGCUGAAGCACGUCCAGCGCAUCCACCAGCACCUCGUGCGUGAGCUCGAGAAGCGCUUCUCCGGCCAGCACAUCCUCAUCGUCGCCCAGCGCCGCAUCCUGCCCAUCCCGCGCCGCGCCCCGGGUGGCGUCCGCGUCUUCCGCCCGCGCUCGCGUGCCCUCACCACUGUCCACCAGGCCAUCCUUGAGGACAUCCUCUUCCCCGCCGUCAUCGUCGACCGCCGCACCCGCGUCACCAUCGAUGGCAAGAAGGUCCGCGUCCUCCUCGAGAAGCAGCACGAGACCCUCAUCGGCUACAAGCUCAAGACCUUCUCCGCUGUCUACCAGCGCCUCACCGGCCAGGUCGUGUCCUUCGAGUUCCAGGACGCCUAA